CAUUGAUUUCGGUGGCCCGACUGAAAGCAUUCGCGAGUGGUUUGUCUUCCCGACAAGUUGGUUCUUUGGCGAAGUGUCGAGCGGUCUUUGAUUAAAGCGGAAAUAACACAAUUGCUUUUUUUAAUACACAAUACAUUAAAAGUUAAAAUGCCACAAUUGCAGAAGCCCGCACCCGAUUUCGCCGGCACCGCCGUCGUUAAUGGCGUCUUCCAGGACAUCAAGCUGAGCGACUACAAGGGCAAGUACUUGGUGUUGUUCUUCUAUCCUUUGGACUUCACAUUUGUCUGCCCAACCGAGAUCAUCGCCUUCUCCGAGGGUGCCGCCGAAUUCCGCAAGAUUGGCUGUGAGGUCAUUGGCUGUUCCACUGACAGUCAAUUCACGCACUUGGCAUGGAUCAAUACGCCCCGCAAACAAGGCGGUUUGGGCAACAUGGAGAUUCCUCUGCUGGCCGACAAAUCGAUGAAGGUGGCACGCGAUUAUGGUGUGCUCGAUGAAGCCACUGGCAUACCAUUCCGCGGUCUAUUCAUUAUCGAUGACAAGCAGAAUCUGCGUCAGAUAACCAUCAACGAUUUGCCCGUCGGUCGCAGCGUCGAGGAGACUCUGCGUCUGGUGCAGGCCUUCCAAUACACCGACAAGUAUGGUGAGGUGUGCCCAGCUAAUUGGAAGCCUGGUCAGAAGACCAUGGUCGCCGAUCCAACCAAGUCCAAGGAGUACUUCUCCCAGACCUCCUAAAUAGCCAGAUAAUUGGCAAAAGGAGGAGUGGGGAGAGAAUGUAGGUGUGCGUGCUUUUAGAAAACAAAAAAUAAACAAUGCCGGCUAUUGUGAGCUUAUUUGGGUGUUGACUGUGUCCACAUUGGAGGGCUCGAACCGUACGCACACCACACAACACAUGCAGAAAGAGGCCCACACACAAAAACACACAAACAAAUACAUAUGAAAUCAAUUAAAGCGUAGCCCGUAGUUCGUCAUUACUGUGACCGUUUCUUUUGUACUUGUCUUUCCUAUCUUAAGCGGAAAGUUUGGAGCAGCUUAUACUAAAUAACACACACACACACACACAACCAUACACAUAUGGCCACUGGCUACUAAAGAGCUGCUACUUGGUAUAUUCAUACAUACAAACAUAUAUGAUAUGCAUACACACAUAUGUAACUACUAUUUUUUUUGUGAAACAAUAAAGUAACUAUCGAAUAGUAA